AUGGCAAUGGAAUUAGGUCAGAGUUCGCGGAUGGCUUCCCUUGCUUGUAAUCUCCCCCAAGAACUGAUGAUUAAUAUCCUCGUAUUGCUUCCAGUUGAAUCUAUCCUCAGGUUCAAAGCUGUCUGCAAAUCAUGGAAUCAACUUCUUUCCUCUCAUUCAUUCAAGAUAGCCCAUUCUAUCUCCCCAUCCACAUCGUACAUCUUCGAGGACAACCGUUCUCUCAAUUACAUUGACGAUGCCAGCAAUUCAGUCUCCCGAAAACUGAGAUUCCACCCCCAAGGUGGCCUGAGAUACAGGGCUUGCGGUCAUGGAAUGGUGUGUUUAAUUUCUUCUUUCUCUCACUUGUUUUUCAUUGGCAACUCAGCAACCUGCAAAUUCAGGCCCCUUCCAAGUGCUGGUGAUGAUUUCCUGUUGAAGACUGUCGGCCUUUAUUUCCAGCCAAGCACUUGCAAUUUCAAGAUAUUGGCCAUGGGCUCAAACAUAUUGGUGGAAUCGUGUUGA